CUUCCCCAAAUUCAUUCUCCCUCCCUUCCCUCUUUAAUUAACUCUUCUUCCCUCUCUUUCUCUCUGUGCCUCUCGUUCCUCUACGUUUCCUUCCUUUUUCCUCCAUUUCUUCCCUGUUUUCCGUUUAGAUUCGCGCGAGAGGGAGGGGAUUCUACGCACAGAUUACGCGCAAGGCAAAGAGCCAGCAGCAGCAGGAGGAGAAGAAGAAGAAGAAGAGGGAAAAUGGCAUCCAACAUAGGGAUGAUGGACGGCGCAUACUUCGUCGGCAGGAAUGAGAUAUUGACUUGGAUCAACAAUUGCCUUCAGCUCAACCUCUCCCGCAUUGAAGAGGCUGCGUCUGGUGCAGUUCAAUGCCAGAUGAUGGACAUGACUCAUCCAGGAGUUGUCCCAAUGCACAAGGUCAAUUUUGAUGCCAAGUCAGAAUAUGACUACAUCCAAAACUACAAAGUUCUACAGGAUGUAUUCAACAAGUUAAAGAUUGAUAAGCAUAUCGAAGUGAACAAGCUUGUCAAGGCAAGGCCAUUGGACAAUUUGGAGUUCUUACAAUGGCUGAAGAGAUACUGUGAUUCUGUUAAUGGUGGCAUUAUGAAUGAGAACUAUAAUCCGAUUGAAAGGAGAUGCAAGGGUGGGAAAGAGCGGGUUAAGGGUUCUAUAAAGGCUUCAAAAUCAUUGCAAUCAAAUAAUACCCAUCAUCACUCUGCUACAGUUGACUCAGGGCCAAAGCCAAGUCGGGCAAGUACUGGGUCAGGUGGGGGGAAUCAUUCUUCAGUAGAUAUUCAGGCGCUGUCCAAUGAGAUUACGGAUUUGAAGCUCUCGGUAGACCUUCUGGAGAAAGAGAGAGACUUUUACUUUGCGAAGCUACGCGAUAUAGAGAUACUUUGUCAGAUCCAGGAGUUGGAGGAUCUUCCGGUGGCAGUUGCAAUCAAGAAGAUACUAUAUGCAGCUGAUGCCAAGGAGUCUGCACUGGAGGAAGCUCAGGAGUAUCUGGCUGAAGCUUUGAAUGCUGGUGAAGAUGAAGGAGAGGAAGCCUGAGCUUGGUUGAGCUCUUGAGCUAGCGUAGGUGCUUUCAGGGAAGUCUUUUCCAUUCCACCACCCUUCCAAAAACAAAAGAUGCUUUCAGGGAAGUGAAAACGGAGGCGUUUAAACUCGAUGGUCACUGCCCUCGUUGAUCAUGCUUCAAUGAAGAAAUUCGUGAAGAGACUGUGCUCUGGUAAUGGUCAAUGAUCAAGUAGUGUCAACUGGAUGUGGAAGGAUACCAAUCUUCUUUGUUUCUAUAAUAUACCUCCUGGCCCGGCUUGUUCCUCCGAUGUUUGUUCUGUGUUGUUGAAAGAGGUUUGUAUUAGAUGGCGCCUGUUAGUUUUCCUUUUUGGGAAGUUAAAGAGUGCAGAUAUUUGGAAUUUAAGGUAACCCUAACACUAGGCUCAAUUAAGCCAUGGAUGGAGU